GAUCAUAAUUAUUCAGCGACGAACAUGCACGGAUCGCAUCUAUUAACGUUUUUGGCCAUCUUCUGCCUCGUGGCAGUGACUACAUCAGACCACCUGGCGGCUAGCAAUGAGCAAGUGGAGGACUUCAACAUCCCGGAGGAGAGCAUAGACGAACGCUUCUCGCGCUCAUCCCAGGGUAUUCCCCAGCAGGCCUACGGGCCACCAGUUCUGUACAGCUCGGGAUCAAACUAUCAAUCUAAUUCAGCGCCAGCUGCUCAAAGCUAUUCAGUACCUGCUGCUCUAACUUACGCUGCUCCAGCUGCUCCAAGCUAUUCAGCGCCCAAGGGUCCUGUUUAUUCUGCGCCUGCUGCUCCAAAUUAUUCAGCACCAGCCCCUCAAGGUUAUUCUGCACCCGCCGCUCCAAGCUAUUCAGCACCAUCCGCUCCAAGUUAUUCAGCAUCGGCCGCACCAAGCUAUUCAGCAGCCAAGGCUCCAAGCUAUUCAGCACCCGCCGCUCCAAGUUACUCGGCACCCAAGGCUCCAAGUUAUGCCGCACAAGGGGUUUCAAGUUAUACAGCACCCGCUGCUCCAAGCUAUUCAGCAGCCAAGGCUCCAAGUUAUUCCCGCCCGGCCGCCCCAAGCUAUUCAGCACCAGCCGCUCCAAGUUAUUCAGCCCCGGCCGCCCCAAGCUAUUCAGCACCAGCCGCCCCAAGCUAUUCRGCACCMGCYGCWCCAAGYUAUUCAGSAYCAGCYGCUSCARGCWAUUCAGCACCKGCYGCWCMAAGCUAYUCRGCACCAKCUGCUCCAAGCUAUUCAGCAUCAGCCGCACCAAGCUAUUCAGCACCAGCCGCUCCAAGCUAUUCAGCACCGGCCGCUCCAAGCUAUUCAGCACCCGCUGCUCCAAGCUAUUCAGCACCAGCCGCUCCAAGCUAUUCCGCACCAGCCGCUGCAGGCAAUUCAGCACCUGCUGCUCAAAGCUACUCGACACCAUCUGCUCCUAGUUAUUCAGCAUCAGCCGCACCAAGCUAUUCAGCACCAGCCGCCCCAAGCUAUUCAGCACCCGCCGCUCCAAGCUAUUCAGCAGCCAAGGCUCCAAGCUAUUCAGCACCGGCUGCUCCAAGCUAUUCAGCACCCGCUGCUCCAAGCUAUUCAGCACCAGCCGCUCCAAGCUAUUCAGCACCCGCCGCUCCAAGCUAUUCAGCACCAGCCACUCAAAGUUAUUCCGCACCAAAGCCCCCUAGCUAUUCAGCUCCUAGUUAUUCUGCACCAAAGGCUCCUGUUUAUACUGCUCCCAGCUAUUCAGCACCAGCCGCUCAAAGUUAUUCCGCAUCUAAGUCUCCAAGCUAUGCUGCUCCAGCUGCUCCUACUUAUUCUACACCAAAGGCUCCUGCUUAUUCAGCACCAGCCGCUCAAACUUAUUCUGCGCCCAAGGCUUCAAGUUAUUCAGCACCUGCCGCUCCAAGCUAUUCGGCACCCAAGGCACCUGUUGCACCUAGCUACUCAGCACCCGCCGCACCAAGCUAUUCAGCACCAAAGGCUACCGUAUAUUCAGCGCCCGGUGCACCAAGCUAUUCAGGUCCUUCUGCCCAUUCUAGGCCUGCAUCUCCGAACUACUCAGCACCGGCCGCAGUCGGAUAUGUAGCGCCGAAAGCUCCACCACCUGCCGCAUAUACAGCAUCAACGACUUCUGGCUACUCUGCACGUAUGUACAAUUCCCCCGUAUUGGCAUCCGUGCAUAAUGCAGGAUAUGGACAAGCAUCAGGUGGCCAUGGCGGAUCUUCAAUUCCAGCACCACCUUGUCCAGCCAACUAUGUAUUAAGCUGCAAAAGCGUCUUUACUCCUGCCCCGUGCAGUCAAGGCGCAGCAUAUUAAGCAUUAAUGUUGACCAUUUGAUAAAUAAAAAUUAUG